CUUCGAUACAUUCGAUAUUGAUAUUCCUAAUCGUGUUCCAUCGAUAUGUCGACCGAAAUUGGGUCCGCUGAAGAAGGGCAACGUCGAACGGUAUCUCCAGCGAAAUGGUACCGAACACCAUUCUACAAUGCCACAAUCCUAGGAUUCUGUAGUUUGGCCGCGCCUGGCCUAUGGGGCGCCAUGAACUCUUUAGGCGCAGGCGGAGCUCAAUCCCCAUAUCUUGUCAACACCGCCAACGCGCUCACCUUCUGUCUCAUGAUCGUGUCUUGCUGGUUCACGAGCUCGAUUGUGAGGUACAUUGGAAUCAAGGGAGCGUUGGUAAUUGGAACGAUUGGAUUUGCGCCAUACAGUGCUGGUCUUUACCUGAACAAUCGAUAUGGGGUUGAUUGGCUUGUGAUUCUCGGUGCCGCAUUGUGCGGAAUCUCUGCAGGUAUCUUCUGGGCAGCCGAAGCUGCAAUUGCGAUUGCGUAUCCGGAGCCGAGGAAUCGAGGACGAAUGAUCGCAUACUGGAUUACCUGGACUUGCGCCGGACGCAUUUUGGGUGGAUCAAUCAGCUUGGGACUGAACUCCGAAAAGAAUGAGACGGGCAGCGUGUCCUACAAGGUGUAUCUGAUCUUCAUAGCCCUUCAGUGUCUAGGCCCCUUUGUCGCCCUGUUGCUCAACAGGCCAUCGAAGGUUCAGCGCUCCGACGGCGUGCCCGUUGAACUUGACAUCACCGGCAACCCAUGGCAGGAACUUCGCGCGACAACCAAGAGCUUCCUUAAUAAGAAAUUCCUACUCCUGAUUUUCUGGAUCGGACAAGGCGUAUACUCCGAGGCCGUUUAUUACACAUACAUCGCACUCUGGUUCAGCGUCCGCGGUCGUGCGUUGGGCUCCUUCUUGUCUGGCAUCGUCAGUAUCAUCGGAUCAAAUCUUCUCGGCGUGUGGCUCGACCAGAACCAGAUUACCCUGAAACUACGUGCCCGCUGGGCGUACAUCGUCAUUAUGGCUACCCAAGGUGCGUGGUGGAUCUGGCUUACGAUCAAUGUCACAGAGUUCCGCCGUACUGCGCCUGCCUACGAUUGGGCCGACCCCGGUUUUGGUAGGGCUUUUGGGCCUUUCAUAUUCCUCGUCAUUGGCUUCCAGAUCAACUACAUCUUCGCAUUCUUCCUUAUCGGCGAGAUCUCGGAAAGCCCUCAGGAGACUAUUCGCUUGGCGGCCUUGCUCCGAGGAACAGAGUCGGCAUGGCAGGCUAUUAGUUAUGGAUUGGGUGCGGUACCACUCUUUGCGCUUGUCGGAAGUACAUACCUGAAUUUCGCGUUGUGGGCUGUCAGUAUUGUGCCAGCUUGGUUGGUUGUGAGCAAGAUUGGAACCAAGCCGAAAGACAGCGCCGUCGAGACUAAAGAUGAAUCUGAUCUGACAAAAUAG